UAUAGAACGUGAAUGUCCUGAUUCUGAAUCUUGGAGAUAGAGACAAACGUUAGUGGAAUAUUAUUCUCUGUGUCUGAUUCAUCUUUGGAUCCAUGGUGGAGAACUUUCCCAGGAUACACAUUUCGAUUAGGUUCUCUUAGAUUUUUUCUAAUGAUUUUUUCCCGUUUGGAAAUCUUCAUUCGGGAACGUUUCUAGAAAAAUCUAAAAAAUAUUUGGCCGUGUAAUAAUGGCUGCUUCAGUAAAGGUAGCUUUGGGGUCGUGCGUCUGGGUAGAAGAUACAGAUGAAGCCUGGCUUGAUGGAGAAGUUGUCGAAGCUAACGACGAUGUGGUCAAAGUCAAAUGCGAAACCAAGACGGUUACGGCAAAGGUAAAUGCUGUCCACCCCAAGGAUCCUGAGUUUCCUGAACUUGGCGUCGAUGACAUGACCAAGCUAGCCUAUUUGCAUGAACCAGGGGUUCUUCUCAAUCUUAAGUCCCGGUACAAUGCAAAUGAAAUUUAUACAUACACAGGGAAUAUACUGAUAGCUGUGAACCCCUUUAAAAGAUUACCCCACCUAUAUGGAAACGAGAUCAUGGAACGGUAUAAAGGCUCAGAUUUUGGCGACUUAAGCCCACAUCCUUUUGCUGUUGCUGAUUCUGCAUACAGAAAAAUGAUCAACGAAGGAGUGAGCCAGGCGAUCUUGGUGAGUGGAGAGAGCGGUGCUGGGAAGACUGAGAGCACAAAGAUGCUCAUGCAGUAUCUUGCAUACAUGGGUGGUAAAGCUGAGAGUGAAGGACGAUCUGUAGAGCAGCAAGUUUUGGAGUCAAAUCCAGUUUUAGAAGCUUUUGGCAAUGCAAAAACCGUCAGAAAUAAUAAUUCAAGUCGUUUUGGUAAAUUUGUGGAGAUUCAGUUCAAUCAUAUGGGAAGAAUCUCAGGAGCUGCUAUUAGGACAUAUUUGCUCGAGAGGUCACGAGUUUGUCAAGUGUCUGACCCUGAAAGAAACUAUCAUUGCUUUUACAUGCUCUGCGCUGCGCCAGAACAGGAAACUGAGCGGUAUAAAUUAGGGAAACCAAGCACAUUCCACUACCUAAAUCAAUCGAAUUGCCAUGCAUUGAGUGCAUUUGAUGAUUCCAAGGAAUACCUAGAUACGAGGAAAGCUAUGGACGUUGUUGGGAUCACCUCUGAAGAACAGGAUGCAAUCUUCCGGGUAGUUGCUGCUAUUCUUCAUCUAGGAAACAUUGAGUUUGUAAAAGGAGAAGAAUCAGAUGCUGCAGAACCCAAGGACGAUAAAUCCCGGUUCCAUUUGAAAGUGGCUGCAGAGCUUUUCAUGUGUGAUGAGAAAGCAUUAGAGGACUCCUUAUGCAAAAGGGUAAUGGUGACGCGUGGUGAAAGCAUUACGAAGUCGCUUGAUCCUGGUAGUGCAGCUCUAAGCAGAGAUGCUCUUGCCAAGAUUGUCUAUUCUAAAUUGUUUGAUUGGCUUGUGACAACAAUCAACAAUUCUAUUGGCCAAGACCCCAGUUCAAAAUACAUUAUUGGAGUCCUGGAUAUAUAUGGAUUCGAGAGUUUUAAGACAAACAGCUUUGAACAGUUUUGUAUAAACCUGACAAACGAGAAGCUGCAACAGCAUUUCAACCAGCAUGUAUUCAAAAUGGAGCAAGAAGAGUAUACUAAAGAAGAGAUUGACUGGAGUUACAUAGAGUUUAUUGAUAAUCAGGAUGUUCUUGAUCUUAUAGAAAAGAAACCUGGUGGCAUUAUUGCCCUUAUCGAUGAGGCGUGUAUGUUUCCAAGAUCCACACAUGAAACACUUGCGCAAAAGCUAUACCAGACAUUUAACAGCCACAAGCGUUUUACCAAACCAAAAUUAGCUCGUACAGACUUUACCAUCUGCCAUUAUGCUGGUGAUGUAACUUAUCAGACUGAACUAUUUUUGGACAAGAACAAAGAUUAUGUUGUUGGAGAACAUCAAUCUCUCAUGAACUCUUCAGAGUGCUCCUUCGUCUCGUCUUUGUUUCCAAAACCACGAGAGGAAUCCUCAAAAUCAUCCAAGUUCUCAUCAAUAGGCUCUCAGUUCAAGCAACAACUACAAUCUUUGCUCGAGACGUUGAGCACCACAGAGCCGCACUACGUACGCUGUGUUAAACCAAAUAACGUUCUUAAGCCAGAUAUUUUUGAGAACCUUAAUGUUCUACAUCAACUUAGGUGUGGGGGAGUCAUGGAAGCCAUUAGAAUUAGCUGUGCUGGAUAUCCUACUAGAAAGUCAUUCAGUGAGUUUUUAACUAGGUUCCGGAUUUUAGGACCAGAUGCUACAAACAAAAGCUUUGACGAAGUUGAUGCUUGCAAAAAGCUACUAGCAAAAGUGGACCUAAAAGGUUUUCAGAUAGGGAAGACGAAGGUGUUUCUUAGGGCAGGUCAGAUAGCGGAGCUGGAUGCUCACCGAGCUGAAGCUCUUGGCCAUUCAGCAAAGAUCAUACAGAGGAAAGUCCUUGCUUAUCAGUCUCGUAAAAAAUAUUUGAUGUUGCAAUCCGCUUCAACUGAAAUCCAGGCCUUUUGUAGAGGACAUACUGCACGCCGUCAGUUUAAGUCCAUGAGAAGAGAAGCUGCUUCUCUGAGAAUUCAGAAGCAGGCCAGGACUUAUAUACGCCAGACAGCCUAUAAAAGGCUGUGUGUUUCAGCUAUUUAUGUUCAGACUGGUUUGCGUGCAAGGGCUGCUAGAGUUGAACUUCAAUACAGAAAGAAGAGAAGAGCGGCAGUCAUUAUUCAAAGUCAGGUCAGAAGAUUUUUUUGUCGGAGGAGGUUUUUGAGAAUGAAGAAAGCAGCUGUUACCACUCAAUGUGGCUGGAGAGUGAAAGUUGCACGGCGGGAAUUGCUGAAGCUUAAAAUGGCUGCUAAGGAAACAGGAGCCCUCCAAGACGCGAAGAAUAAGUUAGAAAAGGAGUUGGGAGAACUCACUUCAUGCUUAGAGCUUGAGAAACAGAUGAGGAUGAAGCUUGAGGAAGCCAAAACUCAAGAAGUUGAGGAGCUGAAAGCAGCUUUGGAUGAUAUGAAACUUCAGCUCGGGGAAACUCAAGAAAGCAAAAGUGAGGAGAUCUUGAAGUUGCAGUCCGCUUUACAAGACAUGCAAUUAGAAUUUGAAGAACUUUCUAAGGAUCUGGAGAUGACGCAUGAUCUCGCUGCAGAAAAUGAGCAUCUCAAGGAGUUGGUGAGCUCAUUGCAAAGUAAAACUGAUGGAACCGAGACCAAAGAUAAAGAAACAAGUAAGCUAAGUGAAGGCCAAAUAAAACAAGAGGUUCCCGUCAUUGACCAUGAUGUAAUCAUCAAACUCGAAGCUGAAAAUGAACAACUGAAGACGUUGGUUAGUUCAUUGGAGAAGAAAAUCGAUGCUUUAGACCUAAAACAUGACGAAACAAGCUCAAACAUGAGAGAGCAGUUGAAGGAAAGCGCUUCAUCUGAUUAUGAGAUUGUGAGUGAUCUUGCAGCUGAGAAUGAACGUCUCAAGGCACUGGUGAGUUCGUUAGAAAAGAAAGAUAAUGAGAAUGAUUCACCAACCGAGCACAAGGAGGGGACACACAUACUGAAAGAAGAAGAGAGUGUAACUGAUGAUGUUUCAGUUGAUAAUGAAAUGACCAACAAGCUUGCUGCUGAAAACAAAGAGUUAUAUGAUCUGGUAGAUUUGUUGGAAAAGAAAGUACAAGAAACAGAGAAGAAGUAUGAGGAAGCAAGUAAACUUUGUGAAGAGAGGCUCCAGCAGGUUGUAGACGCAGAGACAAAACUAAUCGAGUUAAAAACAUCUAUGCAAAUGCUUGAGGAAAAGGUCUCUGACAUGGAAGCAGAAGAAAAAAUUCUACGGCAGCAAGCACUGAUUAACUCAGCUUCAAAGAAAAUGUCACCCCAGGUGUCAUUUUCAGGACCUCCGGUAAAAAAAAACACCUCUAUGCAAUUUCUCAUAUCCUUAGAAUAUUUCAAGAAAUGUGUUAACCUCUUUGAUUUCACCUACAUCUUGCAGCCAAUGGAGAACGGACAUCAUGUAAGUGGUCUAAUUUUUAAAAUCUGUAUGAACUAUUCUUACAUACACACUUCAAUCAUUUUUGCUCUUUGUUACAGGUAUCAUUGGCUCCUAUACCUUCAGGAAAGUUUGGGGCAAUGUCGUUUAAACGAACUCUCGAACAACAACCACAUGUAUGUAACUAACAUUGUGAUACUUCUUUGCAUUUGGUUAAUUAGUUAUGUUCAUGUUUUUUUAAUGAUGCAGGAAUACGUUGACGUCCUUCUAAGUUUUGUUUCUCAAAAUAUCGGUUUCAGCCAUGGGAAGCCUGUUGCGGCGUUUACAAUAUAUAAAUGUCUCAUUCAUUGGAAACUAUUUGAAGCAGAGAAAACCAGUAUCUUUGAUCGUAUUGUUCCUCUCUUUCGUUCCGCUAUAGAGAAUCCGGAAGAUAAUGAUAAUUUGACGUAUUGGCUAACAAACACAUCUACGCUACUGUUCUUGCUUCAAAGAAGCUUGAAAACUCAUGGCACAAACGGUGCUAGUGCGAAUAAACCUCCUCAGCCGACUUCAUUUUUUGGGAGAAUGACACAGGGUUUCCGUUCUACCUCUUCGGCAAGCCUUUCAGGUGACGUAGUGCAACAAGUAGAUGCUAGAGUUCCUGCUUUGCUUUUCAAGCAGCAGCUCACAGCCUACGUUGAAACGAUAUUUGGGAUAUUUCAAGAGAAUGUGAAGACAGAACUAGAGCCUGUGCUUUCCUCAUGCAUUCAGGGACUGAAAGAUUCAUCACAUGAGCUCUAUGCAGAGAAUUUAUCAGCUGAGACAUCUGAACAGAAUUCACCAGCAAAGCCAUCAGAAGAGAUUCCACCGGACAAGCUGUCUGAAGGUAAUUCACCAGCAAAGCCAUCUGAAGAGAAGCCGCAGGAAAAGACAUCUGAAGAGAAUACGGAGGCAAAGACAUCUGAAGAGAGUCCACAGGAAAAGACAUCUAAAGAGAGUCCACAGGCAAAGACAUCUGAAGAGAAUCCACCGGCAACGGCAUCCGCAGAGAAUUCACCAGAGAAACCUUGGCAAGGCAUCAUAGAUCUUUUGAAUCGGCUUCUCGGCACAUUGAAGAAAAACUACGUUCCGAUGUUUCUAACUCAGAAGAUAUUCAGCCAAACCUUCCAAGGCAUCAAUGUUCAUGUCUUUAACAGCCUUCUGGAGCGAGAAUGCUGUACAUACCACAUGGGCAAAAAAGUGAAUGCUUGGUUUAAUGAACUAGAGGCAUGGUGUAGCCAGGCAACUGAAGAGUUUGUAGGGUCUUCAUGGGAAGAACUCAAACACACAAGACAAGCCGUGGUGCUCCUGGUUACAGAACAGAAGUCCACAAUUAUAUAUGAUGAUCUUACCACUAACCUCUGCCCGGCUCUUAGUACUCAGCAACUGUAUAGAAUAUGUACCUUCUGCAAAAUUGAUGACAACGAGGAUCAGAAUGUAUCUCCAGACGUGAUUUCCAACUUGAAACUUCUAAUAACAGAUGAAGACGAAGACAGCCGUUCGUUCUUGUUAGACAAUGAUUCCAGUGUCCCCUUUGCAGCCGAUGAAAUCUCCAACUGUAUGGAAGAAAAAGAAUUUGCCAACGUAAAGCCAGCGAUCGAACUCGCUGAUAACCCUAACUUCCAGUUUCUAAAGGGCUGAGACCUAUUUCUUCAUUUUACCACUGAUUUUGAUGAAACCAAAUUGUACAGUAGUCGCUUGCACAGAUUUACGGUAUGUAGAAUCCCAUAGGAUGGUUAGGUUUAAAGCCAGCGAGUACUCUACUUGUAAGGCAAUAAACUCUUUUUGUAGAGCAAACUGUGUAACGUUUGCUGUUGGAGAAUUGUAGACACCAUUAGUGAGUAAAAGAUUCACAGAAUAUGUGUCUUGUAAUAUUUUUAGUUUGGAUGAUGUUUUUGCAAUUUUCUGAAAGUCUAAAACGAAGUAUCAAGACAUCAGUCAAAAGUUUAAUCAUCCAAUCAUCACAAAUUUCAAAUCCGUAUACAGUGUUUACACAAAGGUGUAAAGACAAGUUCAAUGAACGUUCUCACUUCUUAGUUAUACUCACUCCAAAAAAUGUAGAUAUCUUUAUAUUAAUUUUAAGUUUUACUAUUGUGUAACAAUUGGUGUUUUAUAAAUUUUUGAUAAUUAGUUGAAUUAGUUUUUAUUUAUAUUUUAAUACUUUUUUAAGAAAAAAAUGAAUGUCUUGUGCUUUUAAUCAAUUUUCUAAAAAGAAGAUUUUUAUAGUUAUGAUUUUUGGAAGAGUAGUUAAGAAUUUUUAUUUCAUAAUACUCUUAAUUAUUACUCCUAUUUAUUAGUAAUUAAAAAUAGUGGGAAGGGAUUAAUUACCAACGGUGAAAUCACCUGAGGGCCGAGACUGAGAAGGCAUGAAAGCGGACCAAUAAAAUCCGGAAAACAUGAGAAUCUGAGCACAUGGAAUUCCCAUACCCUUACAGUUAUUAUAGUUAUGGUAUGGAGUUAGUUUGCAUUUAUCACUUACCCUUCUUCUUUUGUCCCUUUCUCCCAUUCCAUAAUAUACAUGCACUAUAUGUAUGUGUGUGCAAUGACUUAUUUGAUAACAAAUAUUGUGAACCAAGUGUUUUUAGUUCAGUUUUGAAUUUCUUGGAUUUAAGCCGACGUCACAAAUGGAACAGGAGGUAAAAAACUAUAUUAUCUUAUCAUCAGAGCCAACUCAGAACACAAGCCACCUAAACCGUUGAUUACGAAGAUAUUUUUAUUUUACUUUUUAUUAGUGUUUUUAAAUAAAUAAACUUAAACAAUUUUAGUUAGAAUAAUAUUUGUUAGGAAUUUUUAGUCAAAACAGUUUCAAAGAUAUUUUUUUUUUUGGAUUUUGUUUGAUAUAAAAGACCAACAUAUGCAAAUGAAAACACUGAGAACAUCGUAUUUGAAUCUUGAAACUUCUUUACAAAAUGGUAUUCAUUUAAACGUAGUUGGUGAUUAUUUGUUUAUGCAAUUAAAGAUUAUCCAACAACUAAUACUAAUAGAAAUCGAUAGCCUAUUGAAAUGCUUGAUUUUUUUUUUUUUGAAAAAUAGAGAAAUGUUAUCAAACAUAAAUAUUUAUUAUCACAUAUUGGUAACCCUUCCGGUAUUAGUCACUACUCACCACAGUCGAAAACGUAACUACAUGAGUUUAAUAGGUGAUUUUAUAGAAAAUGCAAGAAUAGCUUUAUUUCAACAUUAACUAUUUUAAAUUUCAUUGUUUUUACAAACAGUUUCUUUGUAUUAUGAAAAUUUAAAUUAUUAUUUUUGUGAUCUUGGAUACUCUAAUAUAAAUAAAAGAACAUAGUUUUAAAUUCGAUUUUUUCAAACCAUUACUUCAUUACUUUAAAACAGUCUUACAAACUAGACAUAUAGUUUUUAGCUGUAAACAUAGCUUCUUUGGCGAAUCCAUCAGCCGCUGCGUUGCAUUGAAUUCCCAGAUGUGGGAUACUUUAUCUUUAAUAAGAGAUAAAAUUAAAAGAAAUAGAUGAUAUGGUAGAACUCAGCACGGCAAUGUCAUGAAAUAUCCUUUUGAAAGCAAUCACAGACUUGUUUCCUGUGAUAAGAUUGAUGAAACUUUUAGAGUCAGAGUAGCAGAUCACUUCCUUGAUCCCUUUGGCCACAACCGCUUCCAAUCCUGCCUUCAGUGCAUUUGCUUCAGCAACUAAAACAGAGGCUACAACAUCACAUGACGUUGAGUUUUCAAUUCGUUUAGAGUAGUGUAAAACGUUAUACCGGUACUGCUUAUCAUAUGGUGACUAUAAUUUUGGAACAUAGGUGACUAUAUUUAUAAUGCAGCCACAUAUAUUUAUGUGUCUGCAUUAUUCAUCUAAUAUAUGUGUAUAUAGUUGAUAAAAAAAACACAUAUACAUCACUAUGCAUUUAUAUUCUCUCGUCUUUUGUCUUUAGUCUUUCAGUAUCAAUGUUCUAGAAAAGUUGAUGAAAGUUGGUCAGCUAAAUGAAUGUUUUCAGUAUUUAAAAUCUUACAAGAUAAUAUACUAAAGAAAGAUACAAUAUCGUGUUUUUAGUUUAAGUACAUAUAUAUGUGUCAUGUGUGUGUACUUUAGACUUGCAUUUUAGAUUUUUGUUGAUGAUCAUUCUACAUUGUCUAAACGGAAAAUGAGAUAUGCUCCAAUACUAUUAAAACUUAUCACAGUUACUACCAAUUUACAUAUUGUUUAUAGGGCCUUUUCACCAAUUCCGUAAUGCUAAACAUAAUCUAUACCCAAUCAAUAAUAUGUUGGUCAAACAAGCCGUAAACCAUAAAUAGAGAAAUUACGAGAACCGCUAGUUUAGGAAUAUUUUCAUGUUACCCAUUAGAUACUCCAAACAUUUAAAAUCAGUAGAGAAAUAUUUAUCGUGUUAUGAUAGUGCAUGAAAUCGGGUUGCUACCAAAGCUAUAUUGAAAAUAGUAACAUGGGUUUUGGCUCUCAUAAUUAAGUAGAAUUGUUUAAUCAAGAUACUUGAUUAAGAGAAGCUGACUAUCACCAAGAUCUGAUUAUUGUCAGAAAAUCUAAAAAUGGUGGGUAUUAUAUAAAAAUGUUUCGGAAAUUCCUUUUUCGCAAUCAUUAAUUCUUUGGCGCCAAAACUCCGAUAUAAUAGUACUAGUUUUUUUUCUUUCUAAAACGGUAUAUUGUAAGUUGUUUAUAUACAGAACGCAUUACGAUCACACAAUAAUUUUCAAGUAAUAAUUUGUCAAAUUUCGUCGAAAAUUUCCGAUGGAUAUUUAGUUAUGUUUUUUAAGUAGUAAAACUGUUUACUAGAUCUUGGUAGCUUUCAAAUAACAGCAACUCAUUUCCUUAGUUAUAUUACUUCAAAAAUAAAAAUAGAACUAUUUAUCGAUCGUAUAAAUAGUUUCGUCAUCCUAGGAGAGCCAUAAGUGUAUAAAGUAACAAAACCUAAGUUCAUCUAUGUAAGUAAGUCCGAGCAUUUUAUCCGGAUUAGGAAAACUAACCUGAUACUAUUCAUAAUAACUAGAUCAAUACUCUGAAAUAGCCGAACCAGAAUAAAAAAAAACGGACAAAUAUAGAAUAUAUAUAAAUAUUAAUUAUAGAUAUACAUAUAAAAUAACUAAAUUUAUAAAUAUAAUUUAAAUAUACUUACAUAUCAAAAAGUAUUUGAAAAAAUAAAUUAUACAAAGUAUCCAAAAUUAU